AGGAGGACUUGGGUGCUUUCGAGGCUGAAAGGGGUAAAGAGAGGCAGGGAUGGUGUGGGAGAGGGAGGGAGGGUGGAGAGUGGGACGUGACGCAUUUUGGUUCUCUUCGGACAGGUGGCCAUGGCCUCACUGCCCACUCGGGGCCCUGGGCUCCUUGACUUAGUCUCCGGGCCGCCGCCGACGGCCGCAGCCCCGGGCAACCAGAGCUCGGAGAGCAAUGGGACGGCGGCCGGGCCCAACGCUCAGGCCGUCACGCCCUUCCAGAGCCUGCAGCUGGUGCAUCAGCUCAAGGGGCUGAUCGUGCUGCUUUACAGCGUCGUGGUGGUCGUGGGGCUGGUGGGCAACUGCCUGCUGGUGCUGGUGAUCACGCGGGUGCGCCGGCUGCACAACGUGACCAACUUCCUCAUCGGCAACCUGGCCCUGUCCGACGUGCUCAUGUGCGCCGCCUGCGUGCCGCUGACGCUGGCCUACGCCUUCGAGCCCCGCGGCUGGGUGUUCGGCGGCGGCCUGUGCCACCUGGUCUUCUUCCUGCAGCCGGUGACCGUGUACGUGUCGGUGUUCACGCUGACCACUAUCGCCGUGGACCGCUACGUCGUGCUCGUGCACCCGCUGCGCCGGCGCGUCUCGCUGCGCCUCAGCGCCUACGCGGUGCUGGCCAUCUGGGCGCUGUCCGCGGUGCUGGCCUUGCCCGCCGCCUUGCACACCUACCACGUCGAGCUCAAGCCUCACGGCGUGCGCCUCUGCGAGGAGUUCUGGGGGCCCCAGGAGCGCCAGCGCCAGCUCUACGCCUGGGGGCUGCUGCUCGGCACGUACCUCCUACCCCUGCUGGUCAUCCUGGUGUCUUACGUCCGGGUGUCCGUGAAGCUCCGGAACCGCGUGGUGCCGGGCUGCGUGACUCGGAGCCAGGCCGACUGGGACCGCGCGCGGCGCCGCCGCACCUUCUGCCUGCUGGUGGUGGUCGUGGUGGUGUUCGCCGUCUGCUGGCUGCCGCUGCACGUCUUCAACCUGCUGCGCGACCUCGACCCGCGCGCCAUCGACCCCUACGCCUUCGGGCUGGUGCAGCUGCUGUGCCACUGGCUCGCCAUGAGCUCGGCCUGCUACAACCCCUUCAUCUACGCCUGGCUGCACGACAGCUUCCGCGAGGAGCUGCGCAAACUCUUGCUCUCCUGGCCCCGCAAGAUCGCGCCUCGCGGCCAGACCGUGACGGUCAGCGUGGUCAUCUGAUGCCACUACGCCAGGCGCUGGCCACCGAGGGUGCCUGCCCCAGGCCGGACUGGGGAGCUUAUUUUCGGCUGCAGAGCUAAGCCAGUGCCCCCAGGCCACCCUCCUCCCCGGCUGUCGGUCUUGUCCUCGUGUCACUGCAAAGCGUGAAGGGGGCUUUCGUGGGAGUCUUGUGCU